GUCUUAAUUAAAUGUGUGUUAUUUAGUGUAUUGUUCAACACUUGAAUACGAAGAUAUAUAGUAGCUCCACAAGGCUUUUCGAUGAUCAGUUUCAACUCAGAAACCCCGUAACACAUGUGACAACCAAGACUAUUACUUAUUACUUUGUUUUCAUUAAUUAUUUUUCUUGAUUCCAGACUUUCCUCCUUAAAACCAUCAAUUUGCUUUCCAAACAAAUUCAGAUGUGGGAGCAAAAUGGAGAUAUCUCAAGAAGAAAGCUACAGCAACCUUAACAACUUCAUUGCUGCUUUUCUUCUUUCUACUUGCAGUUUCUAUCUCGUCCUUGGCUGGAUGGUUUGAUCUUGCAAAAUAUACUGGUCAUUCCUAUCAAAAAGUAGAAGGCCCAAUAAUCCAGCCCCAAAUUCUUGAAUUUCCUUUGGAUUGUGGUGCAUGGAAUCAGUCCAAUACAUGUCCCAGAAACUAUCUUAAAUCUUAUAAACCCUUAAACCCUAAUAACUCAACAUGCCCUGAGUAUUUUAGAUGGAUUUAUGAAGAUUUAAAGCCUUGGAAGGAGACAGGAAUCACUAGGGAAAUGGUGGAGAAAGCCAAAAGACAUGCACAUUUCAGAUUAAUAAUAUUGGAUGGAAAAAUUUAUGUUGAGAAAUACAAUACAAAGAGAUUUAUUCAGACUAGACAUUUGUACACUAUGUAUGGGAUUAUACAGCUCCUAAGGUGGUAUCCUGGAAAAUUGCCUAAUUUGGAGAUCAUGUUUGACACCGAUGACCGGCCGGUCAUCCGAUCACAGGACUACCGGCAACCUAAUUCCGGUCCUCCGCCGUUGUUCCGCUACUGUUCAGAUUGGCAUAGUUUGGAUAUUGUCUUCCCAGAUUGGUCAUUUUGGGGCUGGGCAGAGACAAAUAUAAAGCCAUGGAGAAGUGUGACUAAGGACAUAAAACAAGGUAACGAAAUAACCAAAUGGAAGGAUAGGUUACCCUUUGCUUAUUGGAAGGGAAAUCCCCAUGUUUCUCCUAUCAGAAAAGAUCUAAUGAAGUGUAAUAUUACUGACAAACAAAACUUUGAUACUCUCUUAUACGUCCAGGACUGGAAUGAUCAAUCCAAAAAGGGGUUCAAGGAAUCAAAUCUUGGAAAUCAAUGCACCCAUAGGUAUANCUGCGAUUCUCCAACAUUGUAUAUAAAACCUCGUUACCAUGAUUUCUUCACGAGAGGGAUGAUUCCUCAGCAACAUUAUUGGCCCAUUAGAGAUAAUGAUAAAUGUCGGUCCCUCAAGUUUGCUGUUCAAUGGGGUAACAAUAACACUGACAAGGCAGAGGCGAUAGGGAAGUCAGGAAGUAAUUUUAUUCAGGAAGAUAUGAAGAUGGAAUAUGUGUUUGAUUACAUGUUCCAUUUGCUGAAUGAAUAUGCAAAGCUGCUCAAGUUUGAACCAAAAGUUACAGCAGAUGCAGUUGAAAUAUGUUCAGAAUCAUUGGCAUGCACUUCAGAAGGUAUUUGGAAAAAGUUCAUGGAAGAAGGCUUAGAAAAAACUCCUAGUUACACAAAUCCAUGCACUCUUCCUCCACCUUAUGAACCUCAAGAAAUUAAAUCUUUUGUUGAACAAAAGAUAAAAGCCACACAACAAGUGGAGGCUUGGGAGGAUGAAUACUGGAACAAGAAGCAAUAGGGCGAGGUCGAGCGUAAUCUCACUUGGUGAACUCCGUGUCUUCCGAAGUUGAGGUAGAGGGUUCAGAUCCCGUUACUGGCGUAGCAUCUCCUUCUCCUUGAUCCCGCACCUCCCCCGAUGUAAUAAACAAAAUUUAAAACAAGCAAUAGGACCUUUUUAAUUUUUGCAACUUAAUUUCUUUCCUUUGCUAAUGUAUAUUGAUAGCACUUGUAUUAGAAAAUACCUUAAUGUAUUGUUACACUACAAAAAAAUUACUAAAUUGUGGCGAUUAAUUUA